AUGAAGGUCCUGCUAUUGGUAUAUGUCCUGGCGUCCCUGCUGGUCUGUACGGCGCUGACAGAAGCAUCCCAAAUUUCCAUGAGGCUGUGCGGCCGCGAGUUCCUGCGUGCUGUCGUCUACACGUGUGGUGGCUCCAGAUGGAGGAGGAGCCUGAACGAGAUCUUCACACAGGACUCAGAGCCGGAGGACACGCUGAGGUUCAGGAAGAGCGAGGAAUCGGCAUUGCUGGAUCUCUGCUGUAGCGUGGGCUGCAGGAAAAGCGACCUGACGCUCAUGUGCUGA